GGGAAAUUAAAUCCGCGGCGGCGGGAGGGAGGCGGGGCCGGCGGGUUCGCGUGCGGACGGAAAGCGGCGGCGGCGGCGGCGGCGGCGGCCCGGGGAGGGGCCUGCGGCGGUGGCCCCCGGCUCCUCCCGUCGGCGCCCCGUGGUGUGAGGGGAGUCCCCUCCGGCGCGCCCCCUCCGGGCAGCGGCCUGGCCCAGGCGGAGGGAAAACUCAAGAUAAAAAGUCAGGGGUAUCUCACUUGGACCUGACACCAUGGAGACAGAAAGUGAGCAGAACUCUAACUCAGCCAGCGGAAGCUCGGGCUCUGGUGGAAGUACCCGCCCUCAGAUAUCGCAGAUGACGCUUUAUGAACGGCAGGCAGUACAGGCUCUCCAGGCACUGCAGAGGCAGCCCAAUGCAGCCCAGUAUUUCCACCAGUUCAUGCUCCAGCAGCAGCUCAACAGCGCACAGCUCCACAGCCUGGCUGCCGUUCAGCAGGCCACCAUCGCAGCCAGCCGACAGGCAAGCUCUCCCAACACAAGCACCCCGCAGCAAGUGACCACCACGCAGGCGUCCAUGAAUUUGGCUACAACAUCAGCUGCACAGUUAAUCAGCCGUUCACAAAGUGUCAGUUCACCUAGUGCCACGACCCUAACACAAUCGGUGCUUCUGGGGAACACCACCUCACCACCUCUUAACCAGUCCCAAGCUCAGAUGUAUCUUCGGCCGCAGCUGGGGAACCUGUUGCAGGUGAACCGGACCUUGGGCCGCAAUGUGCCUCUUACCUCUCAGCUCAUCCUGAUGCCGAACGGGGCUGUGGCUGCUGUUCAGCAGGAGGUUCCGCCCGCUCAUUCUCCUGGGGUCCACGCAGACACGGACCAGGUGCAAAAUCUGGCUGUCCGGAGUCAGCAGACUUCAGCUGCCAAUGUUCAGCUCCAAGCUUCUGCUCCCAAGGCAGCGUUGCCUGGGAAUUCCCAGGCGUCAGCUCAGCCCCAGGCAACACAUGCCAGCCAGACAUUGACGGUGACACAGACCUCUUCUGGCAACGUAGGCCAGUCCCUCAAUCUCAGCCAAGGGGCAGCAGGAAGUAACGGCAUCUCUGGGGGCGUGGUGUCCUCAGUGGGAAACCAAGCUCCCACCAGUCUGAGCCAGGCAACGCCAUCUGGUCCAGGGGGCAGCUGCCAGAGGAAAGGGACUGGUGUAGUUCAGCCAUUGCCAGUAGCCUCUGCUGCACAGGCAGUCACGGUGAGCCAGGGGAGCCAGACAGAAGUAGAAAAUGCAGCAGCCAAGAAGGCUGAAGCCGAUGGCAGUAGUCCACAGACGGUGGGCAUGAACUUAACCCGGACAGCUACACCAGCCCCAAGCCAGACCUUGAUCAGUUCUGCCACCUACACUCAGAUCCAGCCCCACUCGUUGAUCCAGCAGCAGCAGCAGAUCCACCUCCAGAAGCAGGUCGUGAUCCAGCAGCAGAUCGCCAUCCACCACCAGCAGCAGUUCCAGCACCGCCAGUCCCAGCUCCUGCACACGGCCACCCACCUGCAGCUGGCCCAGCAGCAGCAGCAGCAGCAGCAGGCGGCCCCGCCUCCCCAAGGCCCGCAGCCCGCCCAGACCCUCGUCGUCCAGCCCAUGCUCCAGCCCCAGCCUCAGCAAGCGCCGCUUCAGCAGGACAGCCCUUGCCAGGCGGUGGCCAAGGCGCCCGUCCCCAUUCAGUCCAAGCCCCCUCUAGCCACUGUCAAAUCCCCCCAGCUGGGGGCUGCCAAAAUGUCAGCCUCCCAGCAGCCCCCGCCUCACAUCCCGGUGCAGGUGGUGGGCAGCCGCCAGCAGGGCUCGGCCCAGGCCCAGGCCUUAGGCCUUCCCCAGAUGAACACGGCUGCCCAGCCUUCCCGGGGAAUGCCUGCGGUCGUCCAGCCGGUGUCCCAGGCCCACACGACACCCUUGCUGUCCCAAGGCACUUCAGCCACUUUUUCUUCUUCUCCUCCUCCUCCUCAAGAAGUCCCUCCCCCACUCACCCCUGGGCUCAACGUGGCACAGGUCCAAGGCACCACGCAGGUGGUGAAGAGCAUGGCUUCCUCUCCUGUCGUGGCUCAGGCGCCAGCAGCAGCCUACUAUGUGCAACCUGUUCAGCUGCCGAGCAAGCCUCAGACCUUGGCAGUCAAGCGCAAGGCAGAAUCUGAAGAGGAGAGAGAUGAUCCCAGUAUGCUAUCUUCGCUCCUGCCCGCCAAGUCUUCUCCGGUGGCAGAGAGUCCCAAAGUCACAGAAGAGAAGAGCGGCCUUGGAGGUGAAGGGAACAGAGAGAAAUCAGAGUCCGCCCCCAGUGCCGCCUCAAACGCACCUCCAAGUGACCCAGGCUCUGUCAUGGCUUCAUCUACGCCUUCGUCUACAUUGGCCAUGGUGUCCCGUCACUUGGGAGACUCCAAGCCCCCACAAGCCAUUGUCAAACCCCAGAUUCUCACACACAUCAUAGAGGGGUUUGUCAUCCAGGAAGGGGCAGAACCGUUUCCGGUGGGUUGUUCUCAGCUCCUGAAAGAGUUUGAAAAGCCUCUUCAGGGAGGGGCUUCUUCUCGGCAGACGGAGAGCCAGCCUAGCAAUUCCCCAGGAGGGGAUAGCUUGACAACAGAGCAAGACAAAAAAGGGAACCUGCUGAAGUGCGAAUUCUGUGGGAAAUACGGCCCCGCCAGUCAGUUCCGUGGUUCUAAGAGAUUCUGUUCUGUAACGUGUGCCAAGAGGUACAACGUGGGAUGCAGCCACCAGCUUCGCUUGCAAAGGAAAAAGAUGAAGGAGAUCCAGGAAGCAAACUACGCCCGUCGACGGCGUGGGCCCCGGCGCAGCAGUUCAGAGAUUGCCCGAGCCAAGAUUCAGGGCAAGCGCCAUCGGGGGCAAGAAGACUCCAGCCGAGGUUCUGAUAACUCCAGUUACGAUGAAGCGCUGUCCCCCACAUCUCCUGGAUCCCUCUCGGUCAGAGCAGCUCACGGAGAAAGAGACCUGACCAGUUCAAGCAUUAUUCUGCCUACCACUGAUCUUCAUGGCAUCAACCCAGUCUUCCUGUCCAGCAACCCCAGCCGCUGGAGUGUAGAGGAAGUGUAUGAAUUCAUUGCAUCCCUGCAAGGGUGCCAGGAGAUUGCAGAGGAGUUUCGAUCACAGGAGAUUGAUGGCCAGGCCCUGCUCCUGCUGAAGGAAGAGCACCUCAUGACUGCCAUGAACAUCAAGCUCGGCCCUGCCCUCAAGAUCUGUGCCAAGAUCAACGUCCUCAAAGAGACCUAAUAGCAUGCAAAGCCCGCUUGCAUCCUCUCCGUGCUGAGGCCGUUUCUUCAAGCUCUUGGCACUGAAUGGAGGGAAACAGACCUUUCUUGUAAGCCUGUGUCAGUGCUGUAAGGGGAAAGCAUCUCUCUUGAAGAACACCUUGUGCUUGCCUGCACGUUCUCUGGCCUCCAAACUGUUGGGAGGCUAACAUGGCUACACAGAGAGCAUUUUCCUGCAAUAGGCUCUGGAGGCUCCUGAGGGAAAGGGGCAAGGAGAACCUUCUCUCUUCUCUGACCUGCGCUGCCUUUUCCCCCACCUCUGUAGCGUUAGAUUCCCAGGGAGGAGGGAGUGGUCAAUCGACAUUGGUCAGACUUUGUCUUAAUAAAUAGGGAGAAGUUGACCAUCUCCCCUUCCCCCAACCACACACACAACACAAAUGCACACACUACAGUGCUCCAGUUCAUGGUUUUAUGUUGAAUGGAGAGUAGCCAUAAGCCUCCAUCUCAAACACUGAAGGGGAAAGAUGUUACAGAAAGAACAUUGGGGCUUGCUUGUGCCCAGUUGGAGCCUUCCUCAGAUAACCUGAGCACAUCAAGGGUAUGUAUGUCUGGCCACCUUUUUUAAAAAAGGUCUUUAAUUCCACGUGUGUCUUCUGGGGCUAGGAUCUACCCAUUAAGAUCCGAAGGUGAAUACACACAUACUGCGGCAGCAACUGUUUUGUCUAGCAUUUUACAGUUCCCUUUUUCAGUUUUGCAUCUUGUCCUCCCUACAAGAGAGCAUACGAGACAAAGCUUCUGCAAGCAGGUUUGUAUCCUUUUGGCAGGGGCUUGUUUUAUAGAAAUAUACCCUCAGUAAAAAGAAUCAUUAAAAAUAAGCUGUUCGUCCUCA